CCCAUUUUUCACAGGCGUUCAUUUGGUAUAAAAUUCAUCAUAUCUUCUAUUUGAAAUUAUAGCGGUACCUCCCUUGAAUAAUAUUAUUUCCCACCCUGUACUGUAUAGAAAUGAAAGCCAAUUAAUGCAUUGUGGUACUCUACAGACAUUUUAUUGCUCAUACUUGACUACAUUCAGGAGAUAAACAGAGAGAUACUUUUCCGUAGUCUGGUUUCUUAUUGUGAUAAACUAGAAUUGAAAUUAAAACAUGUUUAACAAAAUAAAAAAAAAGAUAUGCCCUGCCAACAAGAAUAUAUUUAUGUAAUAUUUUCAUGUGGAAACAAGUCUGAAAUAUGAUCAAAAUAAAAUAUUCAUGCUGUCAUCUGCAAUUUGAUUCUUUGAUUUUGAUGCUUUUUUCACCAUUGUUGAUGACGAAUAUCAUAUCGAGCAGAAUUUAUUUCAUUUUUUUUACGUCAAGAUAGAUUCGAAAAUGUUCACUGCAAACAUCAUACUCAAAUUUUUCUAUUACCAUCGGAAGUAAUUUAUUUAUUAUAGAAAAAAAUCCUUUUAAAAAGUCUUACAAUACAAGACAAUCCCAGCAAAUCAUUGUAUAUUCGAAAAUAGACUUCUUAGUCUAUCCGAUUAUGCAUUAAUCUUAAAAUCGAUUGAUAGGAAAAAAAUUGCAAUUGUUUUGGCAUGAGGAGGAAGCCCAAAAAGGCCAACGCAGCAAAUGUGAAGAAUAUGUCUAACGAUAACAACAUCUUUCUAAAAUUUUCUUCGAAUGUACCUAGAUUUGUCAAAUAAAUAGAAAAUAUGUCUGAUCUAAAUAAGUUUCUAUGAAAUGUCACUUAAAAAAAAAAACGAAUUUUUGAAGAGUCUCUAAAUGAAUUUGAUGUAUAGAAAGAAUUUAGUUUCUCACGUCAAGUCAUGACCAUGAAAACAAGAAUGAAAUAUUACUGAUCUUUCAGUCUUAGAAACACUUCUAGCUUCUCUCUAGCAUUGGGAUAUUCGAAUUUUGGUUCAUAUCAAUUUUCAUGAUCGAUUCAUUCAAAAAAAUUCUGGUAGAAUUUUGAUCGUUUGAAAUGAAUAAGAUUCAAAGAAAGAUAAACGAUAUGUUGUCCUAUCUAGUAUAUAUCUAUUCUGUUAUCCGCAUACGAUUUUUCAUAAAGAAAUCUCAAGUAUUAUACUUUCUUGCUACUGUUAAGUGGGGAUAUCAUCUCUUUUUGCUUUCCAUACAUUGUGUGCGGGUGUCGUCUUUUCUCUGGUUUCUGACAUGUCAUUUCUUCUUUCACACGCUUUCGUCAUUUCUCUUUCUGUUCUCUAACUAGGUGUUUUCCUAUAUUAUCCUCUGUUAGUGCUCACUGGGAAUUUUCACUUAUAUCUUGCAUGGAUAAUUUCAAUGUAAUCAAUUAUUCAUCACUAUAUAGAUAUGUGAUUUUUCUAUAAUAAAUGGGGAUAAGUGAUAGUGUGAAAUCAUCUUUCGAGGAUGUGGGUGUGGGUGCGGUUGUGGGUUUAUUCUUAUUUUCACCUACAGCCACGGCCAUAGCCACACCCUACAUCAACAUCUUUUCGACCUAUGUAUUCAUGUGACCGAAAAUGAUGGCCUAUGCGUAAUGUCGACUGUGUUCUUUUUUUUGUCGUAUUUUGAUCUCGAAUCAUCUUUGAAGGAUUUAUAAGUGUAUGUAAUAGAAUAAAGGAAAACUUCGCAUUGUGUCACACGUCAUAUUCGUUAUUACGCUGUGAUAUAAUUGUCGUGUGACAGUAUUGGGAUCACAAAAACGUUCCAUCAUUCAUUUGGCAUUUCCUAUUUCCCAACAAACUAUAUGGGUGUGCAAUCUUCUCCUUAUCCGCAUCUACCAUCUUAUUUAAAAGAAAAUUAAUAUCUAUAUAUUGGCAAACAUGCUAAAACAAUUGGGUGUUACGGACAUAUCAGUAUCAGAGGAAUGUGUAUUUUUUCGAAGUUGUGUUUCAAUGAGAUCACAUUCUUUACGUAUUGCAAACGCUAACAUUUCUACUCUAGCAUCUUUUGAGAGCUAUAAGGCAUUUAAUUUCCAUACAUGGUAAUCGAAAAUUUUUGCUUAUAAGCAGGUUUAAGGUUAGGUUUUUGCUUACAAAAGUAUUGUACUUUUUUUUUUACUUUGGUGAGCAGCUGGGUAAAAUUGAACAGUUGAUUUCACUGUUCUUAUUUUGUUGAUUAUUCUAGAUAAUUUGUGUUAUUUUAUUUUAUGUACAACCUAUUUUGCCUUAUGCGCGUACGAACUAGAAACUAGAUCUUGUGUGAUGAAAAGUUUGUUGUUGACUUACUUUAUAAACACAACCAAAGAGCGGGAAAAUGGCACAAAUAGCUUGACUCGAUUCGACCCGACUCGGAAAUAGUGGUGACUUGACUUGACUUGACUCGAUACCACUAAUAAAUGACUUCAGAAAUAGCUUGAUUCGCCCAUCCCUAUCUGGAUCUGGUUGUUUAUGGGUGUGGGUCUUUCCUUCGCCAGCACCGUCACCAACAGGCACAUCCACACACGCACACCCACACGCACCCUAUUUUUUGUUGUUUCGAACAUGACGGAUUUUACAAAUACAACAUAUCACGCUCUCGAUCAAUUAUGUCAAGUUGAAGAUAAAUUAAUAAAACUGCUUUGGCAUGCCGUUAAAAAUUGUUCAACAAUUAAGUUCUGAACAAGUUCGUCGCAAACAAAUUUAAUGAGUGGCUCGAAAUUUUUCAGAAAAUGCUCAAACAGUUCAAGAAUUAUUACAUACAAGUGUAGCGAAUUUAGAACGCAUGUCAUCUGGUUUACCUCAUGAAGAUUCAUGUUAUGCUGCUUGGUUAGAUUUUAAUUUAGCUUCAAUGAGAACAGAAACAAUAUGA